AAACCUUCAUUGGAAUAGGUGUCAUAGUCUGGAACAAAGUGCUAAUACUAAUUCAAAAGGGACAAAAAUGUCCGAUAGGCAAAGGAUCAGACAAGAGGCAAAAUUCAGCAUAUCGAGGGACAUUUUUGAGAAAUUUGGAUAAGAAAGAAGAAAAUAUUGGUGAUCAUAGUUAAAAGAUCAGAUGAAGGAGUUGGAAAAUAAUAUUUCAGGACCCACAGUUGGUCACUCUUCUCUAUUGCAGAAAGAAGUUACAGUUGAAAGCUGCAUUGGGGUCCAGCCACCAAUUUUAUUUUCCUAUAAGUUCAUCUUUGGUCAAGGUCUCUGCCAGAUGGAUACAUUAAGCUGCCAUGGGGUACCGGCCACCAAUUGACUUUUUUUAGCGCUUAUUUUUUUAUCAAGGUGUCUGGCCAGAUGGAUACAUGCCAGUAGUAAAGCAUGGCUACGCCCCAGUAGUUGUGGUAUAACUCAACAGGAGAAACUCGUCUGUCAUUUUUUAAUUCCUGUAUUUACAGACUGCCAAUAUAUAAAAACUGUAAUAUAGUUAAGUGUUCCACAAAGCACAUAAAUUGUCCUAUACUAGUCUUUUUUUCGUGCAUCUUUCAUGAAUUCUUUGGGAAUAACCAGUCUUCGUUUGUAAGAAUGCUAGCUGUGCUGCCUGGCAGGGCUGUCUGGAUCACAAGACUUUCUAAACAGAAUUAAAAGUUGACAGGUGUUGUCACAGACAUGUAUCUAAUGGAUCCAAUCACAAUUAUCCUCUUCAUUGUUACCUGUGUUUUUCUGGCAAUUGUUCUAUAUGGACAGAAGCAAAAUGUUCAUAAAAACUAUCCCCCGGGACCUCCUACUUUACCAAUCAUUGGACAUAUGCACAUUAUAAGCAUGGAAAAGCCUUAUGUGACAUUUCACGAGCUUGCUGAGAAGUACGGCUCCGUGUUCAGCCUACAGCUAGGGACACAGAAGAUGGUUGUGCUCCAUGGCUACGAGACGGUAAAAGAUGCUCUGCUCAACCAUGCAGAGGAGUUUUCUGGGAGACCCCAUGUGCCAGUUUUUCAAGACAUUGCCAAGGAACAUGGUAUUAUAUUUUCUAAUGGUAAUAACUGGAAAGUCAUGAAACGAUUUGCUCUGUCUACGUUACGAGAUUUGGGGAUGGGGAAGAAAACAAUAGAAGAUAAGAUCUUGGAAGAGUGCAAAAAUUUGGUAAAAAUCUUUAAAACUUACAAAGGAGAACCAUUUGAAAACACUACAAUUGUGAAUGCUGCUGUAGCCAAUAUCAUUGUUUCUAUCCUAUUGGGCCAUCGCUUUGAGUAUGAUGAUCCAAAACUUCAGAGACUUUUGACAAUCAUCAACGAUAGCAUCAAAAUCAUGGGAAGCCCAAUGGUUUUACUGUAUAAUGCAUUUCCAUCUCUCCUCCGUUUGCUACCUGGGAGUCACAGAAAGGUUGUGCCUUAUGUAAAUGAACUGCAUGCCUUUAUCAGAGAAACCUUCACAAACCAGAAGAACCAGCUGGAUGUCAAUGACCUGAGAAAUGUUGUUGAGGUCUUCCUUGUCAGACAAAAGGAGGAAAAGCCAAAUCCAGAGUUAUAUUUCAGUGAUGCAAAUCUGACAUCUCUUAUUACGGACUUGUUUGCUGCUGGAAUGGACACAACCUCUUCUACUCUCCGAUGGGGCCUUCUGUUAAUGAUGAAGUACCCAGAAAUCCAAAAAAAUGUCCAGACUGAAAUUGAGAAAGUCAUUGGGUCAGGAGAACCUCAGGUGAUGCAUAGAAAACAGAUGCCAUAUACGGAUGCCGUCAUUCAUGAAAUCCAAAGGUUUGGUAACAUUGUGCCAACAAACAUUCCACAUGCCACUACUCAAGAUGUGACUUUCAAAGGAUUCUUUAUACCCAAAGAUACUCAAGUGAUUCCAUUACUGUAUUCCGUCCUAAGAGACAAAGAGCACUUUGAGAAGCCAGAAGAGUUUUACCCUCAGCACUUUCUGGACUCGGAGGGAAACUUUGUUAAGAAUGAAGCUUUUAUACCAUUUUCUGCAGGUAAGAGAAGUUGUGCUGGGGAGAUCUUGGCUAAAAUGGAGCUGUUUCUUUUUUUUACCACAUUGCUGCAAAACUUCACCUUCCAGGCAACACCAGGAGCAAAACUGGACCUCACAGGCUCUGUUGGUUUUACAACCCAUCCACUGAAGCAUGAGAUCUGUGCAAUUACUCGCAAUUAACACAGACUGGCAAUAAAUAUAGGAUUAAGGAUCUGAAUGGUCAAACAAAUCCCAUUUACAUCUAUGAAACUGAACAAGAUAAAGAAAAUGAACUAUGAAGAUGAAUAUUAAGAGCUAAUGGUUAAUAAAUUAGUUAUCCAGAAAUAAUUUAACAAGUUUAUAUAGGAAUUACAUUACACAGUACUAAUAUAGGGUAAUCAGUUCUGAAGACUAAUGUAUAUUGACUGUAAAGUACACAAACCAUCCCUGGCCCUCCUUAACUAAAUUAUACUAGAAAACUUCCACCCAAAAUGCCUAGUUACCCUAAGAAGACAGCACUGUUGCCUGCUUCCCGCUGUGAUCAUGGAUUAUUCUCCCAGUGGCGGCUGGUGCUCAAAAUUUGGGGGGGGGGGG